CCUUGUCCUGUCCUGUCUCUUGCUUGCCGCUAUUGCCAUUGUUCACGAAAAUGCAGCCUUUAUUUUCUUCUUGGCUACUGUUGCCGCCAAUGAUGACACUGGAGCUGGGUCCGUGCUUAAGAUUUGAUUCUCAUUGGUCAAUGAUCUCUACUACCGUUCCCAACGUUGCCUCUGACUACAGCGCUUGAUUUGUCGUCUGCAAGACAGCAUCAUCAACUUCCCAGCAGUACGGAGGGAAUCAUUCAUUUUUGUCGCCUGCUCUGUCUUGACAAUGGGACGGUCUGUGCACCAUUGUAUGCACGUGACUAUUCUAGGGGUCUUGCAAUCAACAAACGGCCAACUUUCAACCCACUUUUCCCCUCUUCGUCAUCUCGCAAGUACUCGUCUCCUCCGUUAUCGCUCUCGCCAACAUGCCCGCCGCCGUCAAGAAGACUUCAGCAAAGGCUCCUACCAGGUCUAGUGCUGCAGCAGCAAAGUCGGGCGCUGCAACGCAUCCGUCUUGGGUCGACAUGAUCAAGGAGUGUAUCACUGCCCAUCCUGAAGACGCUCGGGGAGGCGUUUCUCGGCCAACAAUCAAGAAGUUCGUCGAAUCCAAGUACCAGAUUGGCCUGAACAAUACCGCCGCCUCUCAGCUGAACCGUGCAAUCACUUCCGGUCAUGAGAAAGGCGUGUUCAUCCUUCCCAAAGGACCAUCAGGCAAAGUUAAGCUCGCACCCAAAGUCCGUGCUGAUGCCGCCAAGGAGAACAAACCGGCAGCCAAGAAACCAGCCGCCACUGCUACCAAAGCCAAAGCUCUUGCCAAACCUACCACCGCUAAGAAACCUGCGUCCAAGACAGCUACAAGGACCAAAGUCGCUACUACAUCCAAGAAGGCUGCCGCAGCAGCUAAGACACCCGCUAAGACUGCUCGCACGACCGCCGCUGCUACCACCAAAACCACUCCUGCCACUACUAAGAAAUAUACGUCCAACGCCAAGAAGGCUACGCAGGCAAAGAAGGCUACCGCUGCAACAAAGAAAGUUGCCACCGCGAAGAAACCCAAAGUUGCCACCGCAAAGAAGGCCUCCACUGCGAAGAAGGCUUCCGCUAAGAAGGCGACAACUGCGGCCAAGAAGCCCUCUUCCAAAGCGAAGCCUGCAAAGCUCAAGGCUGACACUCCCGCCUCCAAAGCUAAGCCUGCAUCCAAGGCGAAGCCCGCGUCGAAGACCGCUGCUACCAAGAAACCUGCAUCUAAGAAGGCGGCUGAUAAGGCUUGAUGAACCGAAUUUUUCAUUUCUCGGGUCUGUGUAGUUGGAGAGAUAUAGGAUUUAUCUUUGUAGUGUAUAUAUUUUCUUCGUUGUUCUACCUUAUUCUAUUCCAAUGGUCCCCUGUACCUGUCUCUAUUGUAUUCUGUAUAUGUACGACGUCCGACCAAGUAGCUCUUGUACCGGUUUUACCCUUAGCUAUCUUUUGUAUAUAUUUGUAUGCGCGGUACUGGCG